CGGUGAAGUCUUUGUGGAAACGAACUGGUGAGACCUGGCUUGUAAUUGCUCCUCCGGGUGUCCUUCCACUGGAUCGUGGCCAAUACCUAACUGGUUCUUGAUUUCCUGAUUGUUCUCCACCACAGUUUUACUGGCAUUCCUUGUACCUCCUGGUCCUUCCACCUGGUGGUGCUCCUGUCAAUCCUCUGGCCUUUUAACACAAGCAGCAGCUGGAACUGGCCUGCUCUAAUCCCAGGUUCUACGCUCAGAGACCAUGAGACCGGACCACGGACGUGAACUAACAUGGCUUUCCCUGUAUACUUUGGCAUCAUGUAUCUUUCAUUUGUUCAAACCUGCAAACGUCAUUCAGCCAUUCGAGGUACACGACUAACUUACGGUUAUUUCAGCGAGCCUGUUGGAUCAUUUUCCUUGACAGAGUUGGAUACUGCCGUGUGGAUCCAGUCAGGACAGUUUCCCGUGGAAGACUUUUCCGAAAUGGCAUACAUCCAGGACCAAUUUCUUUCCAAGGACGGUGGCAGCUCAGCAGCUUCAGAUAUGAACGACAGCGCUUACAUGAGCCAACCCGACACAUCGAGGAGGGCUACUUACCCUGACGGGACAGUGGGCCACAGCCAGGACCUCAAGGCCCAAUAUCCUGCAUAUUCCAGUUCUCUAUGUUCUCCUUCCUUAAGCUCUGAAUCUUUUAUCCCAUUCCAAGGCCCUGUUUCGGAUCUUGGCCAAAUAACGCUUCCUACAAGCGAGUCUGGUUCUAGCCGGAGUGCGAUCGGAGACUUCAAUAACGCCGAUGCAUUUUCUAGUGUACCGGCUUUUGACUUCACAUCUGAUGCUCAAGCCCACUGGCCUACUACUGAUGCUCAGACUUACAGUGGCCCAUAUCCGUUCAGUACAUAUGCAACGCCCAUGAUCUACCACGACUCAUCCCCGAUUACAUGGCCAUCAGGCACCAUGAGCCAGCAGGCUUUCCCACCCAACAAUUACUUCACCUUCCAAAGCCCUGAGGAGACGCUGGAUGUGACUCAAAACAGCAAGGUUACCGACACAGAAGUUUACUAUGAGGAAGCCGAAGAGGAUGCUUCCUCUACCAACAGCCUCGAAGAUGCCGAAAAAGACGACAAGUACCAUUGCCCCCACGAAGGUGAAGCUGGUUGCACACACAAGCCAACAAAGCUCAAAUGCAACUACGACAAGUACGUCGAUUCGCACCUUCGACCUUUUCGAUGCAAGGUGGCAUCGUGCGCCAACACUCCCUUCUCAUCCACUGCCUGUCUCCUUCGCCAUGAGCGUGAGGCUCAUGGAAUGCACGGCCAUGGCUCUAAGCCUCACCUCUGCUCCUUUCCCGACUGCGAGCGUUCCCUGCCUGGCAAUGGUUUUCCACGUCGUUACAACUUGUUUGACCAUAUGAAACGAGUGCACGACUACACCGGAAGUGCUUCCCCGCUUGAGCAAGAUGCAACACCCUCCACAACAAACAACUCUACGAAGCGCCAAGGCAACCGUAAACGUAAAGCCACUGACACUCCCGAUGAAAUUCCCGAGAAACGACAAAAGGCUGCCAAGUCACCUGUUGUCGAUCAGAGCGCCCAGAAGGCGGAAGAGGUUGUCUUCCAACUUCUUGAAAAAGUUCAGGACCCCAACGACGACACCGGUUAUGCCGACUUCAUGAAAGCGUCCGACCUCCUCAAAGACAUUAUGCGAGCACACAUGCCUGCUUCCGGUUGAACUUGCUAUGAUUGGCGCACGGCUUAAUCUUCUCGAUAAAAUCGACCUUCGCAUCUCAGUUUGUAGAAGGUAUGCUUGAUCCAGUCGAGUC